CUUCUUUGGUCAAUUUUAUGUAAAUCUGGGUGGCUUCUAAAACUGUUUUUAGAAAUUAGGUUCAAAAAUAUUGGCGACAUCAGGAAGAUUAAUUGUGCAUAAAAAUGGUUUAUAUGUCUUCUGGCUUCAGCCACUUUUGUGAGAUUAACAAGCCAUCGAGAUGUAUGAUCCCAAUAGCCUAUACAAAGCUUUGAGAAUACUAAUUCUAACUUCUAAUAAAAUUCUGAGAGAAAGUUAUAAAAAUUCUCAGAUGUCUAAAUUUCUAAGACGGCACUUAUUGUGAAGAAGUGUAAAAAGGUUAUAAUUACUAUUCUUACAUCAGUUUCUUCAACCAAAUUAUCUAAUAUGAGUCUGAAGCAACAGAAUGAGCUGUUAUUUCUAAUUUUAGCAUCUCAAUAAUUUUCUCAACAUAUUUAGCUGUACGAAAGGGAAAAUAUUCACAUUUUGGAGGUGAUCGUAUCCUUAGAGGGCCAAUUUUUAUUUUAUAGACCUAUAUAAGAAUCUCAAAAUUUUCAGACUCUAAGUGAUGAUGAAAACAAUAAAAAUUUUGAGAAUUUAUGCAAAAUGGUCUUUGAUCAAUGAAUCAAACUGGAGAAAUUUGAUAUAUCGAAGGUUUGCAAGCUAAAAGAGAAGUGAUCUGUCUUUUUGGAUAAA